AUGUCGUACAGGUCGUCAUCAACCACGUACCAAUUACCAUUUGCGACAUCUAAUGGCAAGUCUGAUGCUCCAAACAAAGAUCCAUUAACUACUGCAUACAUUGGUUGUCAUCGUACAGAUGCUCUAGCAGCUGUUAAUAUUGCUUACAAGGAUUUUCGUUUAAGCACAACUAGGCCGCAAAUGUUAGGUCAUGGUAUCUAUUUUGCUCGUUCAAUUUUUCAUACCCUGUUUAAUGCAAGACGAGAUGGUGCUGUCAUAUGUGCUGAAAUGCUUAUGGGUCGUGUACUUGCAAUAGAAAAUGAUGAAUUAGAAAAUGUAUCAAAUACAAAUGCAUGGCAUCAGACUUUUGACACAAUAUACUAUCGCCAUCCAAGACAACCAUUACGAGAUGAAUUUUGUAUUAAAAGUAAUGAGUACAUAUUGAAAUGGGUUAUGUGCAUUGAACCACCAUUUGAUACCAAUGUAGAACGAUAUGUAUUGCACACAGAGUUUGCCGAUACUAAAUGUCGUUGUAUUUAA